CGCGAUCAAUUUGCUCUUCGCCGUCGCCGUCGCCACCAGUUGGAUUAGGUCGGGAUCAGAGAUAACAGGAGGAAAGGCGUUAUUGCUGGCUACAUUCAGCAUAGUCUUGUCGAUCCUUACUAUGAUCGUACUAUCUGACACGAAGCAGUAUCCCACACUUAGUGUUUUCCUCAUGGUGCCAAGCUCUUUUGCACAAUACGCUGCAAUGGUAUACAACUUUCACAGGAAGCUUGGAUACAGUCGACGAUACAUCCGUGUCUGCCUUUUCGUCACAUUGUUGCUUCUGGGCAUAGUUGUUACUGCCUUGACCAUACAGGGGACUCAGUUCUUGGAUUCGAUGGCUGCAGUCCCGAUUGUCCUGCCAUCAUGUGCUUGGAUGGUCUACGCAUUUUGGUCACUAUAACAACGCUACCCAUCGAACCACACCUCCCGCUCGACUCAUGGACUGGUCCCUCUGACUGAUAUACAACUUACGCCACCCGCUGGCUAAGAAGCUACUGUAGAUCAAUCUCUUCCGCGACCACCGUCCUG